GUUAUAGAGGUCGUCGUCGUCGUUGUUGAAAUGCAGAAGAGAUAACAACCAAAUGUCCUCUCACGACCGAGCCGCAGCGGCUGUCUUGGCGCAGGUCGCUUUAGCGGCCGAUGGUGCCGUCAUCGGUCUAGUACUGGCCUACGUAGCGAUACAAAGCUUUAUCAAAUUCGGCAGCACCUCUUCAGCUCUUCGCAAAAUCCGCCGAGCUCCAGCCGUUCGCGUAUCUGAUCUUCGCAUCCUUCUUUCUUCCCCCGAUGACAACACCAAUAACAAUAACACCAGCAAUGACGAUACAUCUGAAGCCACUGACGGAAAGCUUCUUGUUGUUAGUGGUCUCGUUGAGGUGAAAUCGGCGGUCGAUGGGAAUUGGAGGAACUUCAGGCCUAACGUCCUGGUCUCGAAUGAGACCGGGGAGAGAGGAGUUGUGUUGCAGAGAACUCAGACGUGUAUCUACAAUGAAUGGAGAGGACUGUUUGGAUGGACGUCUGACCUGCGCAACCUCAUUGCAAGAUCCUGGAAAGAACAGAAGUCUGCCUCAUUAAGAACGGUUCCAUUUAUUCUUGUUGAAGGUGGUCAGUGGCCGGGUACUGAUUAUGUUAUUGUCAAUUUGGAUGGUUCAAGGCACCCUCUACCUCUUAUGACGGUUUACCAUCAGUUGCAGCCGGUCCAUGCUUCUCCGUAUACUUUCCUCCAGGCACUUUUUGGUCAUGAAUAUCCUGUUGGUCUGCUAGAUGAAGAGAAAAUUCUUCCAUUGGGAAAGGAGAUAAGUGCAGUUGGCAUUUGCAGAUUGCAAGAUGGAACCCCUGAGAUUAAGUCUUGCAAGGACCUUCCCAUUUUCUUGUCUGACAUGACCAAGGAUCAGCUGGUGGUAGAUCUUGCCUUCAGGACAAAAGUUCUGUUAUGGGGUGGCAUUUUUCUUGGCUCACUGUCAUUUGGUAUAUUAGGCUAUGCAAUUGUGAGGAACUGGAAUAAAUGGAAAGAGUGGAGACAGCAGAGGCGGGCCCAACAACCAAGAGUUGCUGCUGCUGAAAUUGGAACAGAUGAGGAUCUUGGUGAUGUUCCGGAUGGGGAAUUGUGUGUGAUUUGUUUGCUGCAGAGACGGCGAUCUGCUUUUGUUCCAUGUGGGCAUUUAGUUUGCUGUCAACGCUGUGCCCUAUCAGUUGAGCAUGGAUCAGCACCCAAGUGCCCUUUGUGUAGGCAGACCAUUCGGACUUCAAUUAGAAUUUACAGCACCUAAUAUACAAGUAAAUACCAGUCUCUUCCCUGAACCUCUGUAGGUUUGCUCCUGAUAUCAUCCUCCUGUGAAAAUCUCUUUCGUCUUGUAAAUAUUGUUAGUUUUAGUGUGAGGGAGGC